AUUCGAGAGCCAAAGUCCUUUCGCUCAAAUCUUCAACAGCAUUCCGUACUAGCAUUUCUUCCAGAUAUCCUAAGAGAGAUGGGCAUCCAACUCAUGGGAAUCGCUCAUGCGAAGCAAAAGCUCCAGCGCACUCUGUCGGCCCGAAUCCGAGCAAUGUCGGCAACUUCCAACGUGCCGAAGGGCCACUUCGCAGUCUACGUCGGAGAGUCGAAGAAACGGUUCGUGAUCCCUCUGUGGUAUCUCAAGCACCCGCUGUUCCGGAGCUUGUUGGACAUGGUCGAAGAGGAGUUCGGGUUCAAUUGCCCGACCGGCGGUCUCACCAUUCCUUGCAGCGAGGACUACUUCACCAGUCUAACUUCUGCCUUGAGUUGUUGAUCGCUGCAAAUGGACAUGGCCUCACGGCUUUGCCGCUUCAGUCUUCUUCUUUUUUCAUGAUUUUUUGGAGGAUUUGUAGUUUUCUUUCUCUACCAAGGGCAAAAGACUUAUCACAAGGAGUCUCUCAAAUUUU